CACAUGGUUCGUGACUAUUCUCCUCCUCUCGAUCAUUCAAGAGCUCUAGGGUUUUUUUUCCACAGUAAAUUUUCUUUGAGUUCUGAUUAAACAAACUCAUCGAAAUUUUAAGCAGAAGUAUUCUUAUUCAAACUAUUGGAAGAUGAAGCUCUUGCAUGUUGAAAUCGAUUGGUGAAUGAUUCCUUAUGGUCGGGUUAUGAUCCUUAAGAGAUCAGCUUAAUAAGACGAAGAAAGAAAUAUUAGGGGAAGAUCUAUCCAGCUACUAUGAUGUCAUGUUUGUAUUACGGGAUAUACACGACAUAUUCCUUUUACAUAUUCGGUUAUGAUAAUUAUAUAUGGGAAGCAACGUUGAUGAUGGGACUCAGAGUUCUUCCGGGAAAACUUCAGCUCCGCAGCCGCAUGUGGAGGUACAACGACGUACGAUCUCACCGUACGAUCUCUCUCCAAACGACAAUCCCGGCUCUGUUAUCUCCCAACCACUGCUCAAAGGACCUAACUACAACGAAUGGUCCACUAACUUACGGAUGGCGCUUAAGGCAAGGAAGAAGUUCGGCUUUGUUGAUGGAUCAAUACCUCAGCCGAGCUCGGAUUCUGCCGAUUUGGAUGACUGGUGGACUAACAAUGCCUUGGUCCUCUCUUGGAUAAAACUUACAAUUACCGAAUCUGUGCGAUCCAAUUUGUCUCACUUGGAAAUCGCUAGUGACUACUGGGAGCACAUCCGCAGGCGCUACUCAGUUAACAAUGGACAAAGAGUUCAGAGAAUUAAAACAGAACUUGCUACUUGCAGACAGCAUGGGACUUCUAUUGAAACUUAUUACGGGAAACUGAUGCAGCUUUGGACUGCUUUGGCAGAGCAUCGGGUCACCAAAAAUUGUGGAUUUCCUACAGGAUUUGAUUUGGAGAAAGAACGCGAAGAAGAUCGGCUUCACGAGUUUCUCAAAGGCCUCGAUGAAUCACUUUACGGCUCAGUUAAGUCGAGUCUUCUCUCGCGGGAUCCAUUACCAUCACUUGACGAGGCCUACAGUGUGUUACUACAAGAUGAGGAUUCUAAACAUACUAGUCGUGCUAUGGAAGAAAGGGUUGAAACAAUGGCACACGCUGUUCGUACUACCUCUGCAUCCUCGUCAGGCUCGUUCAUCUCUCGAGAAGAACAUAUGAAACUGUUGUGUUCCAGUUGUAAUAGGAAAGGCCAUCUCGCAGCAAAUUGUUUUCGUAGUCUGGGAUACCCGGAGUGGUGGGGAGACAGACCUCGUGCUCGUCUUCAAACUAGUGGGCGUGGCACCUCUACACCGGUGUCUCGACAACAAUCUGCUGCACCAGCUCGUGCUAAUGCUAUCACGUUACCACAACCACAACAUUCGGCCAAUUUAAUCACUUCAGAAGAUCGUGUUGGCCUCACUGGACUCAGUGAUGAGCAAUGGAAAACUCUGGUUUCACUUCUCAAUGAUCACAAACCGGCUACAAAUAAAUUAAGCGGACCGCAUUACCAGGACGCUGAUUGGAGUGGCUGAGCAGAGUAAUGGAUUGUACUUUCUGCGAGGGAUGGAAUUUGCUGGGGCGAUGCAUCAAGACAAGUCAGCAACAUCGGAUUUGUGGCAUCAUCGCUUAGGACAUCCCUCUGAUAGUGUUUUGGAUUUACUACCUAUUUAUGUUUCUAGCAAUAAUGGUUUUAAGAAUAAGGUGUGUGACACUUGUAUGCGCGCCAAGCAAACUCGCUGUACUUUUCCUACCAGUUCUAAUACAACUAAAGCUUUGUUUGAA